AGUGAUAACGCGCUGAGCGAACACAGUCCGACUGUGCUUCUCGAAGGUGACCCGUCGCCAUUGCCGUCUUUUUUUUUUGUGAUUUUGAGACCUCGGUUUGAAAUAACUUGCAGUGAAAGUAGAAUCCCGCUGUGAUGUGCGAACGUGGUUCCCAAUGUUACCAGCGGUACCAGGAGUGGGAAAACAACGAGGAGAUCCAGAUAUUCCGCGAGUAUCUGCGCAUUCCUACGGUGCAUCCCGAUGUGAACUACGAUGAGUGCGUCAAGUUUUUGAAACGACAAGCGGAGGAUCUUCAGCUGCCGGUGCAGGUGAUCGAGGUGAACCCGGGCAAACCGAUCGUGAUCAUAACAUGGGAGGGUACGGAUCCCGCGGAAAAGUCCAUCAUUUUGAACUCGCACACGGACGUCGUGCCGGUGUACGCCGAACGUUGGUCCCAUCCACCGUUCGCAGCCGACAUGGACAACGAGGGAAGGAUUUAUGCACGUGGCGCCCAGGACAUGAAGUGCGUUGGGAUGCAAUUUUUGGCGGCGAUUCGUGCCCUGAAACGGGAUGGCGUACGCCUCAAGAGGACGAUCCACGCAACGUUCGUGCCGGACGAGGAAAUUGGCGGCAAACUGGGUAUGAAGGAAUGGGUUCACAAGGAAAGUUUCCAGCAGCUGAACUGUGGUUUCGCGAUCGACGAAGGAAUUGCGGGCCCCGGAGAAGAGUUCCCUCUGUUCUACGGGGAACGAAGUGUUUGGCACGUUCUGUUUCAUAUUUCGGGGACUCCCGGGCAUGGUUCACUGCUGCUGAAGGACACUGCCGGACAGAAGGCUCGAUACCUUAUCGAUAAAUUGAUGGAUAUGCGAGCACAGGAGGUGCAAAAGUUGGAAAAUAAUCCCGAAUUCACCAUCGGAGAUGUGACGACCAUUAACAUCACGAUGAUGUCGGGUGGAGUGCAAAGCAACGUCGUUCCGCCAGAGUUGAUGGUUUGUUUCGAUAUUCGUGUGGCCAUCGAUGUAAAACAUCUGGAACUGGAAAACCAACUGCUUGACUGGUGCCGCGAAGCCGGCGGUGGCAUAGAGCUAGAGUACGAUCAGAAGUGUCCUUUUGUGAAACCUACCAAACUGGACGGAUCGAACCCCUACUGGGUAGCUUUCAAAGAUGCCUUGGACGAGCUGGGCCUCAAGGUAAAACCACAAAUCUUUCCCGGUGGCACCGACAGUCGUUACAUUCGGGGAAUCGGAAUACCGGCGAUUGGAUUUUCACCCAUGAAUAACACGCCGGUGCUUCUGCACGAUCACGACGAGUUCAUCCACGUGGAUACCUACCUGAAGGGUAUCGAAAUCUACAAGAAAAUUAUCUCAAACGUUGCCGAUUGUUAGUUGUCAAAAUAAAACCAUAUUUUCACAAA